AUGUCAAACAGACAGGACUACGAUGUGGUCGUCGACGUCGAUGCAGAGGGAGAUCUAGGUCAGAACGACUUGGACGACCUCGAAUUCCACAACUCCACAUUCGACACUUCACAGAAUGCAUCCCGCGCAAAGAUUCAGCCAGACCAACAAUCCUCCUUCCUUAACAACCCCUCGCGCCAACCCUCCUCCUCCAAACGCUUCCUCUGGUCCAUUGCCUUCUACCAGCAAUUCUUCGAUGUCGAUACCAAUCAGAUCCUCCUCCGCUGUCGCGCUGCAUUAUUCCCCAGACAGAACUUCCUCGAUGUAAUGGAAGGCAACCCUGAUCUCUAUGGUCCAUUCUGGAUCGCUACCACAGUCGUGGUCAUCCUUUUCUUGACGGGCACGAUAUCACAAUACUUGGCAUUCACGGGCAAGACACACUUUGCGUAUGAUUUCAGGUUAUUGUCUGGAGCAGCGGGGUUGGUGUAUGGAUACACGGCGAUUAUACCGCUUGCUCUGUGGGGAAUACUGAAGUGGUUUGGGAGCGAGAGCGCGAAUUUGAUGGAGUGUUGGGCGCUCUAUGGAYAUGCCAAUUUGAUUUGGAUCCCUGUUGCGCUGGUGAGCUGGUCGCCGUUGACUGCGUUGAACUACGCGUUUGUGGGCGUGGGAUUUGCGCUUUCGGCAGUAUUCUUGUUUAGAAAUCUCUACCCAGUCGUCUCAGCUACCGACGCGAAGACUUCGCGUAUCCUGCUCGWGAUUGUAGUCGCACUUCAUGCCGGGCUAGCUAUUGCGAUCAAGAUCCUCUUCUUCGCUCAUGGAAGUCCGGUAGCAGACAAACCAGCCGAGCCUGCACAGGGUGGUGAUGCUGCUGAGCAGGCUGUACGGAUGCUCUUUGGACGCCGCUGA